CUUUCUUCACAUUUACACUGUUGAGGUUGGAGAAACAACAAAAGUACUCGCACAAAGGAGAGGAUAAGGACCGCUGAAAAGUGUAUUCUGAGGCUGUGAUCUACAUUCAGUUCAACUAGAUAUAGAUAGUUAAUUAAUCAAUUCUGAUUGUUAAUAGAUUGUGAGUCUGUUGCAAUGCUUAGCGGAGGUAGCGAUAUUCCAGUCGGUGACGGCACAAUGAGCGAAUCUAGAGAGGGCGCUUUCAAAGUGGAUAUUCACACACAUAUCCUCCCUGAAAAUAUACCAGACUUUAGAACUCAAUUUGGUUACGGUGAUUGGAUAACGCUCAAACACAAGGAUGAUGUUGCUCAGGGCGUAAGCGGUGAUGAAACGACAGGACACUCUCGGACCACGGCGGAUAUGAUGUUGAAUGGGAAACAUUUCAGAACUAUUAAUUGCAACUGUUGGAGCUCUCAAAGCCGAAUGUCUGACUGUGAGGAUUCCGGUGUGAAUGUGCAGGUACUUUCGACAGUGCCUGUGAUGUUUUCUUAUUGGGCAAAAGCCGACGACGCCCUGCUCGUGUCACAAUUUGUAAACGACGACAUAGCGGCCAGGGUGAAAAGUAAUCCCAAACGAUACGUUGGCUUGGGAACUGUGCCGAUGCAAGCGCCUACAUUGGCAGUUCAAGAACUGAAAAGAUGUAUGACAACGCUAGGGCUGAGGGGUGUUGAGAUAGGAAGCCACAUCAAUGAAUGGAAUUUGGAUGCGCCGGAGUUAGAACCAUUCUGGUCUGCAUGCGAAGACCUGGAUGCUGCGAUUUUUGUUCACCCAUGGGAUAUGCAGGAGGAUGGACGCAUGGCAAAAUAUUGGUUCCCUUGGCUGAUUGGCAUGCCGUGCGAAACCACAAUUGCCAUCUGCUCACUCAUUUUUGGCGGUGUGAUGGAGAGGCAUCCGAAUCUCAAAGUCUGUUUUGCACAUGGAGGAGGCUCGUUCUUGGCCACCUUAGGUAGAAUAAGACACGGCUUCAAAACACGCCCUGAUCUUUGUCAAACCAAUAACACGGUUGAUCCAGAGGUAUACCUGAAACGACUGUGGAUUGAUUCCCUGGUACACGAUGAAGACGCGCUGCGAUUGGCAGUGAAGAAGCUGGGGUCAAGGAAUAUCAUGCUUGGCACGGACUAUCCGUUUGUUCUAGGCGAACACAUGCCUGGGAAGCUCAUCGAGGACGUUGCACGGAGUGAUGAAGAGUUGAUAGCCGCUGCAGGAGGAUCAUCGGGCGAUGUUCUGCUGCAGAAGCUCGGAGCUAUUAGCGAUGAAACAAAGAUAAACCUACUGGGAGAGAACGCCUUGCGAUGGCUUGGCCUUGACCGCAAAAAGUUUCGAUGAUUAGCAUUCUGAGUCUUGGCACCCCGGUACUAUCUUGCUGUUACCUUUUUACUGCACAUAAUAAAGCAGCAGGAUCACGUGUAGUGUUCAUUUCCGCAUAUUGAAUGAUGCCUGCGGCGUUCAGAUGGCAGGGCUAGAGUGGCACCGAACCUAUAAGAGUAGGCGGGUUAAUAAAACUUUCUCGUUUUUUUAACCUAGCAGAGCUAUACUUGCAGCGACACACAUUGCGCUGGCGCCAAUUGUGAUUGCGUAAGUGAACAUGGGACAUAAUUGUAGUCUGCCUAUGCUUUGUUUCACAAGGGGACAAAAUGGGUGCCAGCGAGUGUUUCUGAACAUCUAUCUCAACCGAGUAUGGUACAUUCAGCGCACUGAAAAUGACAUUGGGCUUCUUUGAGCAGCUUUGUCUUGCGACUCUAAUAUGCACAUGGGCUGUGUGUUGCAGCUCUACGAGAUAAUACAACCAGUUGCUGAACCUCUGUUCCGACUUUUACCACAUAAUCCAGUAUAUAUACUCCCUAUGUGAACGGCCAAAGUCCGCCGCAGUACACUCAAUAAAAGCGGUCUAUACACUG